GUCCCCGGAAGGAAGCGGCGCCAUAACGCUGCGUUUUGUGAGCGUGACCCGCGCGCUGAAGCUGAAUUACCCACAGAGAGAGAAAGAUCCGUUUAUACCAGAGUAAAUUAGAGUUUACUACCCUAAACAUGAGUCUCCUAAACAAACCGAAGUCUGAGAUGACUCCUGAGGAGCUUCAGAAGCGAGAGGAGGAAGAGUUCAACACGGGGCCGCUGUCCGUCCUCACACAGUCCGUCAAAAACAACACACAGGUCCUUAUUAACUGCCGCAACAACAAGAAACUGCUGGGCAGAGUGAAGGCGUUUGACAGGCAUUGUAACAUGGUUCUGGAGAAUGUGAAGGAGAUGUGGACAGAGGUGCCCAAAAGUGGAAAGGGCAAGAAGAAGUCCAAACCAGUCAAUAAGGAUCGCUACAUCUCCAAGAUGUUCCUGAGAGGAGACUCGGUCAUCGUCGUUCUGAGGAACCCUCUCAUCACCGGCAAAUAGACUGUCCACAUUUACAGAGCGAGUCCAGUGCAGGCGAGCUGCAGAACCGACCCAACCUUAGCACUUCUUCACCUCUGUGUUGAGGAGAAAGUGCAGUGUUGGGGGUUGGAGGGAGGUAUCAGGGUUUGUAACAGUAGAAGAAGGGUCUGCACUGGCUGGCAUGUGCCCUAAACAGGGCUGUGAUUACAUGGGGUUGUCUGGUUGAGUUUUGUACACUGAUGAAUAACACAGGAUUUAACAGUCAUGAUAGAAGAGUAUUUCAUAUUUGAUGGAACUUUUUUUUUGUUUGUUUUUGUUUUUUUGAUUGGGUGGGAAAAAUGUGAAAUGGUUGUUCGUUUUAGUUUUUUUGUCUGUAGGAGACAGGCAGCGACUGACUUGUCCCAUAAAUAAAGUUUUGUACUCAUGAUAACAA